CUUUCACUUUCAGAAGAACAGAAUGAUGUAACGAAAAAUGGCUGUGAAUCUAAAGAGCUGGUCUACCUCGUGCACAUCGCUUGUCAGGGCAAAAGUUGGAUUGUUAAAAGAAGUUAUGAAGAUUUUCGAGUGCUUGAUAAACAUCUUCAUCUUUGUAUAUAUGACCGACGAUUCUCCCAGCUCUCAGAGCUUCCCCGUUCUGAUACCCUGAAGGACAGUCCAGAGUCAGUCACUCAGAUGCUUACGGCUUACCUGUCCCGCCUUUCAGCUAUUGCUGGAAACAAGAUCAAUUGUGGACCUGCCCUUACUUGGAUGGAGAUUGAUAACAAGGGAAAUCACCUUCUAGUACAUGAAGAAUCAUCCAUUAACACUCCUGCUGUCGGUGCUGCCCACGUUAUCAAGAGGUACACUGCUCGGGCACCUGAUGAGUUGACCUUAGAGGUGGGCGACAUUGUUUCCGUCAUUGACAUGCCCCCCAAGGUGUUAAGCACAUGGUGGAGAGGCAAGCAUGGAUUUCAGGUGGGACUCUUCCCUGGACACUGCGUUGAGUUAAUUAAUCAGAAAGUUCCCCAGUCGGUGACCAAUUCAGUGCCAAAACCAGUGUCUAAAAAGCACGGCAAGCUCAUUACUUUCUUACGCACAUUCAUGAAGUCUCGUCCAACAAAACAGAAGCUGAAGCAGCGGGGGAUCUUGAAAGAGAGGGUGUUUGGUUGUGACCUGGGGGAGCACCUUCUGAAUUCUGGUUUUGAAGUACCCCAGGUUCUUCAAAGCUGUACAGCAUUCAUUGAAAGAUAUGGCAUUGUGGAUGGAAUAUAUCGUCUCUCUGGCGUUGCCUCCAAUAUCCAGAGACUACGCCAUGAAUUUGACUCUGAGCAUGUCCCCGACUUGACAAAAGAACCAUAUGUUCAAGACAUCCAUUCCGUGGGCUCCCUCUGUAAGCUUUAUUUCCGAGAGCUCCCAAACCCCCUGCUCACCUACCAGCUGUAUGAGAAAUUUUCAGAUGCUGUUUCAGCAGCAACAGAUGAAGAAAGGCUGAUAAAAAUUCAUGAUGUCAUCCAACAACUCCCCCCUCCACACUACAGAACACUGGAGUUCCUAAUGAGACACUUGUCUCUUCUAGCUGACUAUUGUUCCAUCACAAAUAUGCAUGCAAAAAACCUAGCAAUCGUUUGGGCUCCAAACCUGCUCAGAUCGAAACAGAUAGAAUCCGCCUGCUUCAGUGGAACAGCAGCUUUUAUGGAAGUGAGAAUUCAGUCGGUGGUUGUUGAAUUCAUCCUCAAUCAUGUAGAUGUCCUCUUCAGUGGGAAAAUCAGUGCAGUCAUUCAGGAAGGCGCAGCUUCUCUAUCAAGACCCAAAUCUCUGCUGGUUUCCUCUCCAUCUGCCAAGCUGCUGACAUUGGAGGAAGCCCAGGCACGAACACAAGCUCAGGUCAAUUCUCCAAUUGUAACUGAAAAUAAAUAUAUUGAAGUAGGAGAAGGACCAGCUGCACUGCAGGGAAAAUUUCAUACCAUAAUUGAGUUCCCGCUUGAAAGGAGGAGGCCUCAAAAUAAAAUGAAAAAAUCUCCUGUGGGCAGCUGGCGUUCCUUUUUCAACUUGGGGAAAUCAUCAUCUGUUUCUAAACGGAAGUUGCAGCGUAAUGAGAGUGAGCCUUCAGAGAUGAAAGCCAUGGCUCUGAAAGGUGGCAGGGCAGAAGGAACCCUCCGUUCAGCCAAAAGUGAAGAGUCUCUUACUUCUCUCCAUGCAGUUGAUGGUGAUUCCAAGCUGUUCCGACCCAGAAGACCCAGAUCUAGCAGUGAUGCCCUGAGUGCCUCUUUUAAUGGAGAAAUGCUGGGGAACCGCUGUAAUUCCUAUGAUAAUCUGCCCCACGACAAUGAAAGUGAGGAGGAAGUGGGGCUGCUCCAUAUUCCAGCUCUGGUGUCUCCUCAUUCAGCUGAGGAUGUUGAUUUGAGCCCACCGGACAUUGGAGUAGCCAGCCUGGAUUUUGAUCCUAUGUCAUUUCAAUGUAGUCCUCCGAAGGCCGAAUCGGAAUGUCUGGAGAGCGGUGCUUCCUUUUUAGAUUCAUUAGGAUACUCCAAGGAUAAACCAAGUACCAGUAAAAAGGAUACGGAAGCGGGUGGUAGCCAGUCUCAGACUCCAGGAAGCACUACAAGUUCUGAACCUGUCUCUCCUCUUCAGGAGAAACUGAGUCCAUUCUUUACCCUGGACUUGAGCCCAAGUGAAGAGAAAUCAUCUAAGCCAACAUUCACCGAAAAGGUUGUCUAUGCUUUCUCUCCAAAGAUUGGACGGAAAUUAAGUAAAUCACCUUCUAUGAACAUAUCUGAGCCAAUUUCAGUGACCCUUCCCCCUCGGGUGUCAGAAGUCAUUGGUACAAUCCCUCCUCCAGCAGCCCAGACUGCAUCUUCUCCAACCUGGAACAGAAGUGUCGAUGAAGAUGUUGUCAUAAAUAGAUCCCCCACCCAGGUAGGAAAGCUGAAAACAAAUGCGGGCGAGGCCCAGGAAGGAUGUGAGUCUGAAGCCCAGCCCCUGGAGCAGGCGGCUGCUACGCAAGUAGAGUCUCCAGGGAACGAGGAGCAGCCCGUCUCGAGCAGUCAGAGUAAGGCUGUGCCUUCCGGCCAGACUCAGACAGGAGCAGUUGCCCAUGACCCCCCUCAGGAUUCCGUUCCUGUCAGUUCAGUCUCUCUUAUCCCACCACCGCCGCCUCCGAAAAAUGUUGCCCGCCUGUUGGCGCUGGCAUUAGCUGAGUCUGCACAGCAAGCCUCAACUCAGUCAUUGAAGAGACCAGGGACUUCCCAGGCUGCUUAUUCAAAUUAUGGAGACGUAGCAGUGGCUGCAACAGAAGAUAAGCUGCCUAGUUCUUACUCUCAUGUUACUCUAGACAAAGCCUAUUUCCCAACUGAUAGGCCUGCAGAGCAGUUCCACCUCCAGAACAGUGCACCUGGAGACUGUGACCAGCCUAUACCAGCCACGGCAGCUAUUGGGGAUCUUACCCAUUUCAGUGCUGCAACUGAGUCUGGGGAGCAGCUCCACCAGGCAGACUUCCUAGGGAAUCAGCCCCAUGAAACCUAUUUAUCUGGGGACCCAGAAAAGGCCAGAAUCACUUCAGUUCCCUUAACAAACUCUAAGUCUGCUGAUCACAUAAGUUUCCCUGAAGACCAGCCUGGAAAGAUUGUCACCUUUGCAGAUCAGGACCAAUCUCAACUUCAUUUCUACAGUGGAGAUCAGCCUCCUUUUCUUGGUGCAAGUGCGGAUAAGCCCCAUCACUCCUCAGAACUUGCCGACAAGUCUACACCUAAUUUGCCUAGGGACAAAGCCUACCCUCCUUCUGGGUCCCCCGAAGAGAAGAGCAGCACAGCCACCAUGGCUUAUGUGACGACUGCUCCAGCAACAGCUGAAAUGAGCACCAGGGAAGCCACCUGGGAUGUGGCUGAACCACCCACCGCUGCUGACUUUGCUGCCGCCACCCUUCAGCGUCCUCAUAGAACUAAUCGUCCCCUUCCCCCACCUCCUUCCCAGAGAUCAGCAGAGCAGUUACCAGUCACCAAUGUAGGAUUAAAUAAUUCCCACAAGGUUCCAGGAGUAGUUCCAGUUCCAGAGAGACCACCUGAACCCAGAGCUGUGGAUGAUCUUGCUCCUGUUUUUGUGAGUGAUGGCAGUGCAGCUGUUCCGUGUCCCAUCUCUACUUCUGCUGUCCAGCCAGGCCUCCCUGAAAAGGUGUGGGAAGGUGCCAGGGCCCCACCGCUGCACCUACGUGCUGAGUCUGUCCCUGUGCACACUUCCUGUGGCUUUACUGUGCCAGUUCCCCCCACCAGGACAAUGGAGAGUAAAGUGGCUGCCGCCAUACACUCCAACAGUGCAGACGGGACCAGUACUCCCAGUUAUCAUCCCUUUGGCACUGCUUCCUCGGCCUCUGUGGAUGAUAUUUUGCCUUUACCACUUCCUGUUCCACAACUUAAGCAUGCGUCUCAGAAAACUACUUAUUCCACGUUUGCUAGGCCAGAUGUCACCACGGAGCCCUUUGGUCCAGAAAAUUGUUUGCAUUUCAGUAUGACUCCAAACUGCCAGUACCGUCCCCAGAGUGUACCCCCACAUCACAAUAAAUUGGAGCAACACCAGGUGUAUGGCUCCAGAUCAGAGCCACCAGCCUCCAUGGGUCCUCGUUACAACACAUACGUGGCCCCGGGGAGAAGUGUGUCUGGACACCACGCCAAGCCCUGCAGCCGGGUUGAGUACGUCUCUUCUUUGAGCUCAUCUGUCAGGAGCGGUUGUUACCCUGAUGACAUUCCGCCAUACCCUACCAUCCGGAGGGUACAGUCUCUCCAUACUCCUCCAUCUGCCAUGAUUCGCUCUGUUCCCAUUUCACGGACAGAAGUUCCCCCAGACGAUGAACCAGCCUACUGCUCAAGACCCCUGUAUCAGUAUAAGCCAUAUCAGUCCUCCCAGGCCCGCUCGGAUUAUCACGUCACUCAGCUUCAGCCUUACUUUGAGAAUGGUCGCGUCCACUACCGGUAUAGCCCAUAUUCCAGUUCUUCUAGUUCCUAUUUCAGUCCCGACGGAGCCCUGUGUGACGUGGAUACUUACGGCACCGUGCAGUUGAGGCCCCUUCACCGGCUGCCCAAUCGCGAUUUUGCUUUCUACAAUCCUCGGCUGCAAGGAAAGAACUUGUACAGUUACGCUGGCUUGCCUCCCCGUCCCCGGGCCACCAUGACUGGCUACUUUUCUGGCAGUGACCAUAAUGUAGUGAACAUGCCCCCAGCUGCAGAUGUGAAGCACACUUACACCUCAUGGGAUUUUGAGGACAUGGAAAAAUACCGCAUGCAGUCCAUCCGGAGAGAGAGCCGGGCCCGGCAGAAGGUGAAAGGGCCUGUUAUGUCCCAGUAUGAUAACAUGACCCCGGCGGUGCAAGAGGACUUGGGUGGGAUCUAUGUCAUCCACCUACGCAGCAAAUCAGAUCCUGGGAAAACUGGACUUCUCUCAGUGGCCGAGGGAAAGGAGGGGCGGCACCCAGCCAAGGCCGUCAGUCCCGAGGGAGACGACCGCUUCUAUCGGAAACAUCCAGAGCCAGAGUUCGAGAGAGCCCACCACGGAGGACAUGGCAACGGACAGGCAGAGAAGCCGUCCCUCCCGCAGAAGCAGAGCAGUCUCAGGAACAGGAAGCUUCAUGACAUGGGUUGUAGUCUCCCUGAGCACAGGGCACACCAGGAAGCAAGCCAUAGGCAACUGUGUGAAUCCAAAAAUGGGCCACCUUACCCCCAGGGAGCUGGCCAGUUAGAUUAUGGGUCCAAAGGGAUUCCAGAUGCUUCGGAGCCUGUCAGCUACCAUAACUCUGGAGGGAAGUAUAUCACACCAGGGCAGGAGUCUUUAAGACUGAACCACAAAGAGAUGAGGCUCUCCAAAGAUCUGGAGAGGCCUCGGGCUAGGCAGCCUCCUGCCCCAGACAAACACUCCAGAGACGGCUACAAGGAGGAGGAACACCUCAGUCAGUCCAUAGUCCCACCCCCUAAACCGGAGAGGAGUCAUAGCCUGAAGCUCCAUCACACCCAGAACGUGGAGAGGGACCCUGGUGUGCUGUUCCAGUACCAAGCACACGGCAAGCGCCAGAGCAGCAUGACUGCCGUGUCCCAGUAUGAUAACCUGGAGGGCUACCAUUCCCCGCCCCAGCCACAGCCCCAGCCCCCGCGAGGAGGCUUUGGAGCAGGAGCAAUGGGGGCAUAUGUGCCCUCUGGCUUUCCCCACCCACAAAACAGGACAUACGCUACAGCUUUGGGUCAGGGGGCCUUCCUGCCCACAGAGUUAUCCUUGCAGCAUCCGGAAACGCAGAUCCAUGCAGAAUGAGCCCUGGGAGCAAUAGAGUUGAAGCAGCCUCUGCUGGACAGUGGACUGUUCUAUUUUUUUCAGUAACCAAAAAGAUUUAAAAAAAGGAAAAAAAAAGCUACAAAUCCCCUGACCACAUUAAAAAAUAUAAUAAGAAAAACAAUCACCAUCUUAUUUCCCUUCCUGUUUCAUUACCACCCCUUCCAUCUAUAGAGACAGUCAUAUUUGUCCUUAAAAGAGAUCUGAAUGAUUGUAAAGCACUGUGUUGAAAACCUAGUAAAGAAAUUUGUCACAGAGCAUACUUGCCAUAUAGAGCUAAUUUGUAAGAGCCUGAGGACUGCCUUUACCUGAAUUUGAAUUUGACUUUGUCCUUCUUAGUAUUAGCUGUAUAGUGCAGAGCAGUUUACAUCUGUAUUUCCUGGGAGGCUUUUGCAUUUUCUGUUGCAUUCCUACUGACUUUUUCAGUAGCCAUGACGCUUGCCCAGACCAACACUCCGUUUUUCUCACAUCAUUCUCCCUGUCUUAGAAGGGUCUUGUGUGUUAAAUUAGAACUGAGAAAAACUUCUCCAUGAUCAUUCAGAUAAGCCUGUCAGACAUUGAGCAAAUUAUAACUAAAAAAUAAAGGAACUACAACUAAGCAUUUUGUAGAGUCCUAAAAUGUCACACCAUUUAGACCCAGGCUGAACCAUGUUCUUCACAUUCUGAUUUUUCAUGGCUGUUUCUCACUGUUCAGUGAACAGGCUCCUGUCCCUAUAGAAGGAUCUGUUAACAGAGUCACAGACGGUUCUCAGGUGAAAGUCAGUGAACUCUGUCAGCACCAAAAAACUAGGUCAGUGCUCCGAACGUGUUGCCUGCCUUCUGUUGGUUCCUUUCUAAAUAAUAUUUGGUAAAUUGUAAUGCUGGUAAAACAUUUCACACCCCUUUUCUCCUAAAGCAACCUUUCUCGUUAAAAAAUCCCCCAGCAUGGUUUGACUCGAUAAACACAUAAUUUAUCAUGAUUACAAAUUUACAUAUUACUUUCUGUUUCUAAAUCACAGUGUACAGGUUUCCUGGGAAUUCUUAAAGUAGCUUCUUAUUACCUGUUAGUAAAACUGACAUUUCCUGCAAUAACCUCUUGGUACACAGCCCCGUUUUACCUGUUGGAAUUCUGGGCAGUUACUGUUCCCAUCGUGAAGAAUUAGCGUGCUGUUUGUUCACUCUACUUCUACAAUCACAGUCUACUGUAAUUGCCAUCUACACCAGCAUUUCAGGUAUAGUUCUUAUAACUGUAGACAUGUUAAACAUGUUCAGUACCCAGGACUUUCCUUUGAAAGUUACAUUCCUGAUUAGAGUUGGAGCAGACGCCUCUAGCCUAACUCCAUUCCAUGUUCCCAACUCACCCUGUAACAUAUAUGCCAGACUAGCAAGGCAUCCUGCAUUUACAAAACAAGUUUAGGUUGUCAUUUCAUUCCAUAACUCUUAACAAUACUUGAUUUUUGUACAUUCACAUGUUUUAAAUGCUCAGUUUGUAGAAGACACUAGGAGAAUUUCAUUCCGUUUACUGGAUGUUGCUGCUCUGGCUUUUUAAAACUUGGAAUUAACUUUUAUUUAGAACAAAGGAGGAAAUCUUUAAAGAAGCUAAAUUUAUGCUGCUAUUAUUGCUGUGAAAUUGUAUAAAGAUUAGGAGUCAUGCCAGCUCUUUUUUUUUUUAAUUUAAAAAAUGUGAUUACAUUUUAAGGAUUUAUAUUUAGAAAAAGAAAUAAAGUUUAAAGAACAACACAUUUAUUUAUAUGUGGAACUACUCUAUAAGAUUUUUUUUUGUUGCCCCCAAAUUGAUCAGAGGGAUUCAAUAAAGAUCAUGGAAAAAAAUCCUGAAAUACCAAUAUGUGUAGAGGUCUCUGGAAAUUUAGGCCUCUGCAUUAAAAGUGCAGGCCCAGCUGGUAUGUAGUCAGUUGCCAUGUCUGGAAAGCUGGUGGCAUACCUCCACUUAGCACACAAACAUCAGGUGCCGUAUGCAGGAGUUCACUCUUAGGUGAAUAUGCAGCACUAAUUUUAUUUUUUUACCUUAACCAUCUUUUUGUCAAGUUAGGUAACCCAUUGCCCCUUUGAGAUCACAUAAGCCCUAUAAAAUUCUCACCAGCAGCAUGGCAAUUAGAAAGGAGCUGGUAUGACAAGGACAUACAGAUGGCUUUAAGUAACAGAAUUUUUCUCAAUAAUGAAUUGUAAUUCUAGUGCAACAUUUCAGACCAUUUGUUCUGAAGCAAUGUUUUGUUUUGGUUUUCAUUAAAAAACAACAACAGCAAGGAUGUGGCUUAAGAAGUCCUGUCCAAUUUUAGUAUUUGUGGAUUUGUCAUCACACACAUUGUUUACUCCUGAAAUUGAAGUCUGUUUUAUAAAUACUAAGGUUAAUUCCUCAAAGCAAUUACUUUAUUAUUUCUGUGGGCUUAGAAAUAUCAGGUAAAUAUUUUGAAUACAGAAUAGUGACUCAAAUUACUGGUAUAAGUGUGAAACACAAACUUUAGGUAAAAUCUAGAGUUGUUACACUUAACUGUAUGUAGAUACAGCCUUAACUUGGGAUUCAGUUUUUUGAAGGACUCUGCCUGUAUCUUUCCCUUUCUGAUAUUGUAGGGUAGAAAUUGGAUGGCGAAUCACUGUGAGCCAGGUUACCUCAGCAUAGUUCACCUUGUGUGUGACUUCACAAAUAGAGUAAUUAUAUGUUACUAUUUCAAAUUUUGACGUGGAGCACUAUGAUCAAGGAAAUGGAGCUGCCUUAUGCAUUAAACCCAUAAUUCUGUUGGUAUUUUCAUAUUCAUAUCUCCAGGUAUGACCUUUCUGGUAAACUUCCAAUGCCACAGUUCGGUUUGAUUGAAAUAAACACUCCCUGGAUGUCUAGCCAGAGACUUUCCUAACAGCCCCAGAGGUUCCAUCUUCUUAUUACUGAAUUUCAUCCGAGCCUUACUGCUUACUGUGUUCAAUUUCCUUUGAAACAUGCAAUCCCUGGGAUGGUCCCAAGGAUAGGGCCUGCACAUUUUUAUAAUGGCAAAGCAUUUUUUAAAAGUUAGGGUCAGGUUGAAGAUUUCUAGGACUAAUUCUGUAUACAAGAGGGACGAUUAAUGUGAGUAGGGAUAGAGAGUAGGUUAACACAUUUGAAGCAGCAACAGAUGCAUACAAUGUAAAUUUGAAAUUUUCCCUUUUAUUUAAAAAAGGAGCCUGCAAAGUUCCUAUGUCUGUUCCCAGCCCUGUCAAUCACCCACCCGACAUGUUGACAAAGUAUCGGCUGUCUGAGCAGUGUGUUGAAGGAAAUACUAAGGAAAGCAAAAGUAUGUCAGAAAGUUACUUCCAAAUGGUUAGAGGCAUGUGAUUUUCAGUACUGUGUGUUAUGGAAAUGUCAGGAAUCGUAUAUUUUAACUGUGCAAGAUAAUGUCAGUGUGCAUAGAGGUCUUUUUUCCUUUUCUAAUUAGUACUGUUAGUGUUCAAAGAAUAAAAAUGGUUGUUUUACAGUUUAGAUUCUAAGGUAGCAAAACCUGAUUUUUCAACCAUGACCUGCAUGAGAGAAGCAUCCUAGGAUGUCUUAGAUCAUAUUUUUAAGUUCUUAAUUUAUAUAGUGUUUUUUUAUGUUUUAAUAUUUUUGUGAACUGGUGUAAAUUGUUAAUGCAUACAAGCUUGUGUAUUUUUUGUAAAUAGUUUUGUGAUUUAUUUCUUGAUCCAUAUGUAAAUAUUUAGAGUAUCAUUUCUUCAAAACUUAUUUGAACCUGAGUUUGUGGGUUUGGGGUUUUGUUUGUUUCUUUGUUUUGGUUGGGGGUGGGGGGAGAGAAGGGAUUUUGUACUCUGAUAAUCCAGAUGGAGAACUCUGGUUUAAAGCAAAUGUCCCACUGAAAGCAAUUCAAAUAUCAACAAAAUCAUUUCAGGUUAAAACAGACUUCUUUGUGUGUGUCUCCUUUUCAACCUAAUAUGAAUUACAAUUAGAAGCGGUAAUUGACUGGGGAUAUUCAGACCCAAAGAUUAGUGUCUGUAUGACACAGAUUAUUAUUGCAAAUGGUAUGUAAUUUGAUGGAAGGAGUUUAAUGUCUCCUUUUUAUAUCUAUUUGCCACAGUAUGCUGCCUGGCCAAAUUUUCCCCAGGUCCAACAAUUAUCUUAGAACUGCAGAGGCCUUUUGAUCUUACUGGAAAGUCUAGGCAGACGCACUACCUGGGGCUGCCACGAGGAAUCUUGCUGCUGCUGCCACCACCUGGCUCCUGAACUUGCAGUUCAAGAAACUGAGUUGGCUUCUUAAUCUCAGGACUCUCCAGAAGGGGAUUCUGAAUAAUACCCAUAUUUCUAAAGAUUCCCACAAAGCAUCUUGGGCAUCCUGUUCACUUUUCAGAGCGAAAUGACCAGAAAAGAGUCAUCUGUUACACUUGGUCAUCUGGUUUGUGGCAAACCAAGAUAAAGUAUUUCAAUAAGACAAGUGCUACUAGUCACUCAGCUCGCUGCCUGACAGGAUCCAGAGUGUGUUCUGUGCCAAGAGUUGUUCUGAAAAAGAAACGUUUCAAUAAUCAACCACGAUUUUUUGAAGGAAAAGAAAAACCCAAUAUUCAGCUAUUGAAGUCCUAGUUUUCCUACUGAGAGUCAUACGUUACAAACCAUUCUUCAUUCUAAAAUGUUAAAGCUUUUCCUUUUUUGCCAGUAAUAGGGAAAGAUGGUCUGGUGAGCCAGCCAUCUUUGAUAUACCUGCAGAACACACUGCAGAACAUAGGCAAAGCUAUAACAGCUGCUUUCAGUAAACACUCCCAGACCUGAACAAGUGUUCCCAUGGAAACUGCUCAGAUGGGAUUAAAGGAAAGAUAUGAAUCACAA